AUGGCGCAGGACGGAGAUGAGGAGAGGGUGAGCCCCGCCCAUCACGCCGUGCGUCGCGCCAAGCUCCGCCCCCCACGCCGUGCGUCGCGCAAGGCCCCGCCCACCACGUCGUGCGCCCCCCAGCCCAGCCGCGCGUCGCACCAAGCCCCGCCCAUCGCGCCCCAAGGCACGCCCCCCACGCCGUUUGUCGCGCCAAGCCCCGCCCACCACGUCGCUCGCCCCCAAGCCCCGCCCACGACGCCGUGCGUCGCGCCAAGCCCCGCCCAUCGCGCCCCAAGACACGCCCCCCACGCCGUGCGUCGUGCCAAGCCCCGCCCGUCACGUCGGGCGCCCCCAAGCCACGCCCAUCACGCCGUGCGUCGCGCGCCCCCAAGCCCCGCUCUCUACGUCGCGCGCCCCCCCAGCCCCGCCGUGUAUCUCACAAGGCCCCGCCCGCACGUCACGUGUCCCCAAGCCCCGCCCACCACGCUGUGCGUCGAACCAAGCCCCGGCCCCGCCCACCACGUCGCACGCCCCCCAGCCCCGCCUUACGCCGAGCAAAGCCCGGCCCACCACGUCGCACGCUCCCCCGACCCCGCCCACCAAGACGUGCGCCGCGCCAAGUCCCGCCCACUACGCCGUGCGUCGCGACAAGCCCCGCCCACCACGUCGCGCGCCCCCCCAAGCCCCGCCGUGCGUCGCGCAAGGCCCCGCCCACCACGUCGCGCGCCCCCGAGCCCCGCCACCACGACGUGCGUCGCGCCAAGCCCCGCCCACCAUGCCGUGCGUCGCGCUAAACCUCGCCCACCUCCUCGCUCGCUUCGCUAA